AUGUCUCCAGUGCGUUUCCAUGAUCUUCCUCUUAACGUCUACAUGGUCAUCUGUGGCACCGGGCUCCUCCUCUUCCUCCUCUCCCUCAUAUUCUGCUGCUACUUCAUCAGCAAACUCAGACACCAAACCCAGAACCAGCGCUUUGGCUACAAGGAGGUCAUUGUAGAAGGCGAUGCCAACAAUCUCCAUGGGACGUGUGCCGUGUGUCUUGAGGACUUCAAGGUGAAGGAGGAACUGGGAGUGUUGCCAUGCCAACAUGCCUUCCACAGGAAGUGCGUUGUGAAGUGGCUGGAGGUGCGGUGUGUGUGUCCCAUGUGCAACACACCAAUCACGGCCCUGCCUGAGCCCCACCCGAGCAUCGCAACCCUAUUGGACGAACUGGUGUAACCAUGGAAACCAGCCACUCUUACACCCUACCCUACCUACCACCAGCUGAUAUUUCUAUGGCGACUGUAAACAAAGACCAGCUGAUGUUACUAUGACGACCGUAAACAAAGACUAGCUGCAGUUGCUGUGGCGACGGUAUACUACCACAGGAGUAACCACGGGAGACGGGGUGUGUCAUACCAGCUGAUCACCAGCUGAUGCUACCAUGGAGACCAUACAUGGACACCAGCUGAUAUUACCAUGGAGACCAUAUAUAAACACCAGCUGAUAUUACCAUGGAGACCAUAUAUAAACACCAGUUGAUGUUACUAUGGAGACAUAAACACCAGCUGAUAUUACCAUGGAGACCACACAUGGACACCAGCUGAUAUUACCAUGGAGACAUAAACACCAGCUGAUAUUACCAUGGAGACAUAAACACCAGCUGAUAUUACCAUGGAGACCAUAUAUAAACACCAGCUGAUAUUACCAUGGAGACCAUACAUGGACACCAGCUGAUGCUACCAUGGAGACAUAAACACCAGCUGAUAUUACCAUGGAGACCAUACAUAAACACCAGCUGAUAUUACCAUGGAGACCACACAUAAACACCAGCUGUUGUAGCCAUGGAGACCAUAUAUAAACACCAGCUGUUG